CACAAAACCGCGAAAACAUCCGCGUCUAUUUUAACCUAAAUUCUUUAUAUAAUAAUUAUGAAAGUUAUUUUGUAAAUUUAAUAAUUAAUAAUCCUCUAGUUAAAUAUUAAACGUCGUUGAAAUGUCAAAAAAUAAAAAAACUGAUCAAACAGAUGUUACGUGUCUUGACGAUAGUCUAAUGAGUUUGGAAAAACUUGAUCGAGCAUCACCGGAGCUGUGGCCGGAACAAACAAUUGAUCAAGUUCCAGGUGUUAAUGAAUUUAUUGCUCAGAAUUUAUCACCAAGCGAGCAAUCGUCAUGGUCUGCAUCGGGAAUUAGUACUGAUGAUAUGGCUCAAUUACAUCAACUAGGCAGUUUACCGGUAACCAGCCUCAUAGCAGAAGUUAAAAAACUCCAUGACUUGGCUUAUCAAUUAGGCCUAGAAGAAGCCAAAGAAAUGACACGUGGGAAGUAUUUAAAUAUAUUUAAAAAUAAAGAAAAAUAAUUUUUAAUUUAAUUAUAAAAGAAUGAUAUGUAUUUUUAUAACUAAGUAGAUGUUU